CACUGGGUGUUUCUCAGUGGCUUCGAGGAUACCGACGAAAACCCCAGAAUACUGAGUCAUUGUGGCGGCAGCUGAUAGAGAGCACUCAUCCCUGCACCCUCCUAGAAGCAGAAAGACUGGACACUUCUCUCAGCUCCGCGGCCCAAGCAGCACAUGGAAUUUCAUAACCUGAGCGCUCCCUCGCAGCCCUGCCACCACCCAGCCUCUUCCCCAAAGGUGGCCGCGUUCCUGGUGCCAGUCCUGGGCGUGGAGUUCAUCCUGGGCCUGCUGGGGAACAGCCUGGCCCUCUUCAUCUUCUGCGUGCACACGCGGCCCUGGUCCUCCAACGUGGUGUUCUUGGUCAGCCUGGUGGCGGCGGACUUUCUCCUGAUCGUCAGCCUGCCCCUGCGCGUGGACUACUACUACUGGGAGACCUGGCGCUUCGGGGCCACGGCCUGCAAGGCCAACCUCUUCAUGCUGUCGGCCAACCGCUCGGCCAGCGUCGUCUUCCUCACGGCCAUCGCGCUCAACCGCUACCUGAAGGUGGUGUGGCCGCACCACGCGCUGAGCCGGGCCUCGGGGCGCGCAGCCGCCGGGGUGGCCGGGGGGCUCUGGGGGGGCAUCCUGUUGCUCAACGGGCACCUGCUCCAGAUCCCCUCUCAGGGGAAGUUCUGCAUCAGCUACCAACUGGGCACGAGCCCUUGGGCCGGGCUCCGCUGGCACCAAGCGCUGUUCGUCUUGGGAUUCUUCCUGACAUUUGCGCUCAUCCUCUUCGCCAUCGUGAGCAUCGGGCUGACCAUUCGGCGCCGGGGCCUGGGCGGGCAGGCGGGCCCGCGGCGGGCCCUGCGCAUGCUGGCCACGGUGGUGGCCGUCUACACCUUCUGCUCCCUGCCCAGUGUCCUCUUUGGCCUGGCGUCCAUCGUGGCCUUCCACCUGCACGCCUGCCGCGCCCUGGACCUCUGCUCGCAGCUCUUCCACGGCUCCCUGGCCUUCACCUACCUCAACAGCGUCCUGGACCCCGUGCUCUACUGCUUCUCCAGCCCCAGCUUCUUCCGCCAGUGCAAGGCCCUGCUGGGCCUCGGCCAGGGCUCACAGGACCCAGCCAGCAAUGAGAGCUCCAGCCAGCCGCCCGCCCGCCUCCAAGAGGCCUCCAGAGGCCUCCAGAAGGUAGAGGCCCCGGGGAAGCUGCAGGCGCAGGGCUCCCUGGAGGUCUCGUUGUCUCGUUGGAGUGAGGGACUAGGGUCUGCGGCAGUGGGGAGCCUGGCUUGGAGGGACAAGGUCACUCCUGGACUGUUGCCAGCCACAACCAACUGGACAAGGGACAUCUGCAGGAGCCAGGCUUUCUUCAGCCCCAAGUACACGACCAUGGCCCUGACCCUGGCCCUAUGGGACAGGACUGGGAGCCUCUCCCAGGGGAUGCCUCUCCUCUCCAUCUUCUGCCACCACGGGGACAAGCGGGUCAAGCCUGGACCAGCUCAGUUUCGGCCUGAGGAUGAGGACAAUAGUGAAGGGAACAGCAUCCCUGAUGUGGGGAAGAGCAUGAACAAGGGCACAGAGCUGCCCGAGGAGGACGGUUUGGGGGACACAGGGUCAAAGGCCACCUAUCGGAGUGACCUGGCCUCACAAAACGUCCAUUUGGCUUAUGAGACAGCAGAAGAAGAUGCAAACCCUGAGAGUCUCGGCAUGUGGGGACAUCAGGUCACUGGCCUGGCCUAUGACUCCCCAAGGCCCUCAGAGCUUCGCAGGGGAUGCAGCACCCGAGACCAGGAGCGCCUGAUGCCAGGGCUGUGUGCACCCAGCUGGACAGCUGAGCCACUGCCCCAGCAUAAACCAGGCAUCAUUUCCCGAAAUUGA